UCCAAGGCAGACUUCAUCCCUGUCUUUUCUACCCACCAGCGUUUUCCUACAAUUUCUUGCCGCUUUUAUGAAGAAAUUGCCUGCAAUUUAAGCUAAGUUGAGUGACGUCUCAUAGUAAAGAGUGGAUGGCUUUUGCAAACCCUCAAAGUCAAAGAGCGUCUUUUUCUUCUAUUUCUACUCCUGAUUGGAAUUACGAUGUUUUCUUGAGCUUUAUGGGUGAAGAUGAUUGCCCUUCCUGUGCGGGAUGGAGGCCUGAGGCUCAUGUUAUUGAGGAGAUUACUUCCACUGUUUGGAAGAGUUUAAAUAGGGAAUUCUUACAUGUUGAGAAGAACCUUGUUGGGAUGGAUCGACGAAGGGCAUCUUCUACUUGUACUUCUAUUGGUUCAUGGGAUUAUGAAGUUUUCUUGAGCUUUAAGGGUGAAGAUACCAGAUACAAUUUCACAGAUCAUCUCUAUGCAGCUUUGUAUCAGAAAGGGAUUCGUACCUUUAGAACAAAUAAUAUUAUAACUAUAGAGGUGAGGGAAGCUUCAUAUACAAGGCUUUGUAGCACCAAGAAAAUGUUAACAGUAAAUGGACAAUUUCCGGGACCAACUAUAUAUGCUAUGAAAGGAGAGACGAUCAUUGUCGACGUUUAUAACAAGGGAAAAGAAAACGUCACCAUUCAUUGGCAUGGGGUGAACAUGCCUAGAUAUCCAUGGACAGAUGGUCCCGAGUAUAUCACACAAUGCCCCAUUCAGCCCGGGUCAAAGUUUAGUCAGAAGAUCAUCCUUUCCUCUGAGGAAGGCACUUUAUGGUGGCAUGCUCACAGUGACUGGACCCGAGCCACCAUUCAUGGAGCUAUAAUCGUCUAUCCCAAGCAUGGAACCAAGUAUCCUUUUCACAAACCUAAUGCAGAAGUUCUCAUCAUAUUAGGACAAUGGUGGAAGAUUGAUGUGAAUGCGAUUCGAGAUAAAGGGCUUGCAAGCGGAGCUGAUGCCAACGCCUCUGAUUCUUUAUUGAUAAAUGGACAACCCGGCACAUUCAAACUAACAGUGGAUCAUGAAAAGACCUAUCUACUUCGCAUAAUCAAUGCUGCCUUGCAUGAGCCUCUCUUCUUCUCCAUUGCCAAGCAUAAAAUGACAGUGGUUGGGACAGAUGGUAGCUACACUAAACCAUUGACACGAGAUUAUAUCACAAUAUUUCCUGGCCAAACCUUCGAUGUCUUACUAGAAGCUAACCAACACCCGGAUCACUAUUACAUGGCGGCUAAAACUUAUUCCGAUGCCCCGGCAAGUCGUAAUAUUUUUGACAACACAACCACCACAGCUAUUGUACAGUACAGGGGAUACUACACUCCAUCUUCACCUCCCUUCUUGCCUCAUUUACCUGCAUUCAAUGACACAAUUGCAUCGCUUCAAGUCAUGGCCACCCUCCGAAGCUUAGCAGAUGCAGAACAUCCUUGCAAUGUCCCAUUGAGCACGAGCACUAAAUUGAUUUACACUAUUUCUAUAAACUCGUACCCAUGCGUUAAUAAUUCAUGUUCAGGGGGCAAUGGGACGCGGUCUGCCGCAAGUAUAAACAACAUAAGCUUCCAUACCCCUACAAUUGACAUACUAGAAGCUUACUAUUAUAACAUCAGUGGUGUAUAUGGGGAUAAAUUUCCUAGCGUUCCACCAGUGGUGUUUGAUUUUACAGCAUAUUAUCUUCCAUUAAUCUAUCAGCUACCGAGUGCCGGAACAGAAGUAAGGGUGCUCGAUUAUAACUCCACAGUGGAGAUUGUUUUGCAAGGGACAAACUUGGUUGCAGGGGUAACCCACCCCAUGCAUCUCCAUGGACAUAGUUUCUAUGUUGUUGGAUGGGGAUUAGGGAAUUUCGAUGAAAAUUGGGAUCCUUUGCACUACAAUCUGGUGGAUCCUCCCCAUCAGAAUACCAUCUCUGUUCCUAAGAAUGGUUGGGUUGCAAUCAGAUUCCAGGCAUCCAACCCUGGAGUGUGGUUCAUGCAUUGCCAUGUAGAACGCCAUCUGACUUGGGGCAUGGAAACUGUGUUCAUAGUGAAAAAUGGUAAACACCCAGAAGCUCAAAUGGAUGAUGAAGAGCUUCCAAGAGGAGAAGAGAUUGCAGCAGAACUUUUAAAAGCUAUUGAAGAGUCAAGGAUUUCCCUCGUAAUUCUGUCGGAAAACUAUGCCCGUUCUAGGUGGUGUUUGGAAGAACUGACAAAAAUACCCCUACCACAAACCGAAAAAUCUAACCGUUAA